CUGUAACCGAAAGUUGUACAAGAGACGGCUGGCGAUCCAGCAAUGUACAAUCUUCAAGUUCAAGUCAACAAGCAAACGAGAAUGAAACGGAAAUCGAAGAAUAGGGGUAUCGCAGUAGCAAAGGCUCUUGUUCCCACCGACGAAUCGUGGGAUGCUGCAACUGUCCGGAAGAGAUUGCUCGACGGCAGGCUCGUGUAGUACUAUGUCGGAAGUCUGUUU